AAAUUCAUAUUCCAAUUCCACCAAAUGAAGUCAAUCCCGCCUAACCAAAGGCACUCUUGUACAUACAUAAAUGGAUAAAGUUGCUCAUAACUCGCACAAAAAAUGAUAGUCUUUACCGGAACAGUAUCCAAUCUUUUCACGCGAACAGCCGUCCAGGCCACGAAUUCAAGCAAUGGUGCACCGCCUCCGGACAGUCGCAACCUACCAGCACCAUCACCGCUACCGCCACCGCCUCGAACCCCUCUGCUAUCAUCCCCGAAGCCAUCUUGGAUUGUUAGAACAGAGUCUAAUGUUAGAUUAGAGAAAAGACCAAAACCAGAUCCUUCAUGUGUCGUAUGCAAAGGGAGUGGAAGAGUAGAUUGUUUUGAUUGUUGUGGAAAAGGAAGGACAAACAAUGUUGACUUAGCAAUGCUUCCAAAUGGGGAGUGGCCAAAAUGGUGCAAGACAUGUGGUGGGAGUGGGCUUGGCUAUUGCUCAAGGUGUCUUGGGACAGGGGAAUACAGGUAUCUUAUGGGAUUUCAAUUUAUGAAGAAAGAUAAUGAUGGAAAUGGAGGAAAUUACAAGGUUCGUGAUAUGUUAAGAAAUCGCAAGAGUGCAGCAGAUUUGCUUCCAAAUGAUGAAACAGCUUAGAAGUUGACAUACCACUACAUUUUUCAAAUCUGGUCCUUAUCGGGUUUAAAUCUACAACAGCCACCCUUCAUCUUCCGGUUGAGAGCCGGAUGGCCCAUAAUAUUUGUGGUCACUCAUCAGAUAUUCCAUUCAUCACAAAACAAAGAAAGAUUUAUGGAUCACCAAUGAGGUGUGAAUAAAAUAGAAACAGAAAUGUUGAACAAGGGUUGAAAUGUGAAAUGGUGUAAACAGAAGGUUUUAUUAAUGAUUGGAGGUUAAAAAAAUUAAAACAUUCUUUUUGGUUUUUAUGUGGUUAGAAUCUAAUUUGUAAUGGAUUUAGGUUUAUGUAUCUAUUGUAAGUAAAUCGAAAGAAAAGUGUUUGAUUUCAA